UAGGGGCGGGCUUUCAGGCGGUGGUGCGCGCGCAGCGGUCGCCUGUGCCCGGUUGCGAUAUCCUCCCGGCACGCCCCUCGCGAGGUCUUCCUCCGAGUCACCGCUAUGGCUGCUUUCCUUCUGUUCCGGCAAGGACGAGCCAGGGCACUGAAGACUGUGCUCCUAGAAGGACAAGUGUUUCGAGGACUUGCUCCCACAGCUUCUCUCUCUGCAGAAUCUGGAAAGAGUGACAAAGGACUGCCACCGAGUUCCAAGAAGCAAAGUUCACCAAAAAAUGUAGUGGACCCAAAGGAGAGGGGCAAGCCACUAACUACCCCAAGAGCAGCUGAAUUGUCUAAAAAGUUAACUUCACCCAGUUCUUACUCAUCAGUUGUGAAGCAAGGUGGGACAGUAGCUAGCCCUAACGCUGAUGGCAGCGGGCUGUUCACAGAUGAAGGGGUUCCAAAGCCUUUGUCAAGAAAGACUUUGGUAGAGUUUCCUCAGAAAGUUCCAUCUUCGUUCAGAGAGCAGGGCAUCUACUCAGAAGCCCUUGCAACGAGCGGGAGAAUGACGGACAGUUCAUCCUCAUCUUCCUCCAGCUCCUCUGAUUCAGAGUCUGACGAGGAGGGGGGUGGCUCAGAAAUCGGCUCUCCAGUGGCGAGCAGAGUCACCGGAAGGGUCCCCAAACCAGAGGCCUCCCCUCCCUUUGAAAAUCGAGCUCCCAAAAUUUCGGUGUCAGCAAGAGAGAAGGCCUGGUCACCACAGCCACGUCAGGACCUCCCCUCUGCAGAGGGGCCCCGUCAGGCAAAGAAAGGGGCGUCCAUUAAGCCAUUAAAGGUCGGAAAAGACGAACCAAAACCUGCAGCACCCAAGUCACAAAUAGAUGAAGAAUUUAUGAAGCAAAAUGUAAAGGGAAAAAAACGGCAGGAAAUAUUUAGCUCGAAUAAAAUAAAGAAAGAAAGUCAAAAGCCAUUUGAAGUUACAGAUAUCUCCUCUGACCAUACAAAGUCAGGAUCAUCUACACAGCCAAGUGGUGCCCCAGUGCCUCCUCGACUGACAGAAGAAACCGCUGCGGGAAGACAGCUGCAAGCAACGCCUGAGACCAGAGGACGACAGUUAGAAAAACAAGUGCCAGAGACGAGUGGGGAGGUGGCCUUUUCCCCGUUCAGAAAAGAAAAUUUGGGGAAGCAGGUCAUAGAAGGAAUCUCAAAGGCAAAUGAAGAGAUUUUGGAAGAUCAGGAACGAAUAACAAGUUUGAAGCCAGUUCCUGUUCAUAAUAAAGACUUUUUUGAUGAAAAGACAGCAGCUCUAAAGCUUGAGGCAAAGGGUGAAAUCGUUGAAGACUCGGCAGCCCAAGCAGGAGACCAGGACGGCACACAGGAGCCCACACAAGCCACGGCUCCCACACAAGCUGCCGCUCCCCCGGAGCCGUUUGACAACACUACCUACAAGAACCUUCAGCAUCAUGACUACACCGCGUACACCUUCUUAGACCUGAACCUGGACCUCUCGAGAUUCAGGAUGCCUCAGCCCUCUUCCGGACGAGAGUCACCCCGCCACUGAGCACAGUUUAAUGAUCACCCUUACGUUGUCUGCUGUGUUCUUGGCUGCAAAAUAAAGUGCACUCAAG